AUCGAUUCAUCAUCCAGUGUGUCAAUUUAUCGUCAAUUGUCAGAAAUAUUUGUUCCAUAAAUGAAAAAUCUCUUUUAAAUUGGUUAUACUUUGAGAUCUGUAUUUUUCUACUGUUCCAUGUUCAUAACAUUUUAGUCUAGCAAAUUGUUGAAAGUACAUUUUGAUCAAUAUGGAUGAGAUCGUCAAUCCAGUACCACAAGCUUAUGUUGUCGUUGAAUUCCCAAAUGGAUAUGAAGUGAUAAGAGUGGAAUGGAGUAUUUUUGAAAAUAAUGUCAUGGUUGCAUGUUAUUUUCCACCAAUAAGUCAGAGAAAGGAGUUACUGGCUUUCUUGAAUGGAGAUUAUCAAGAGAUUGAUAAGGCCACAUGGAUCGACGAGGAUGGCAAACCGUUCACGAUAAAAAAGGUGUGUAAUUACGCAACAACUCUUGAUAACGCAAUGAGGAAACUGGAGCUCAAUAUCAUGAUGUCUGACGUUGAGAGUGACGAUGCCAUCAAUUUUGAAAAAGCAAAAAAAUCACGUCACUCUCGCUGCAUCGCUGGCAAAUUUCAAAAUCAGCCAUUAAAAAGUAAAGAAAACAUUAGGUUUUCUAAAAAAGCAAUCCCUGGACCUUCUAAAAUUAUUGAUCAUGAGGAAGAUGACCUAACAGGGGAGAUUGUCAAUGAGGAAGUUGUUAAUUUGCAUUCUCAAUCUGGAGAUAAAAGGAGGCAAAUGAUACGAGAAACUGAUGAAGAAGAGAUUGAUUCCGAGUCAGAUUCAGAACUUGGGGAGCUAAGGACCCAAGUUCACGAAGGAUCCCCUUCACAUAGUGAAGAAAAUGCUCAAAAUCAAGCUGAAGACAGUAAAACAUAUUCUCUUGAUAUCUUAAUCAUAUUAAGAAAUGUCUAA